UGAGCAGGCCUGGUCCAUCCCGCUCGGCCUCCUUCCUGAAAAGCAGCUUUCCCUCAGCAGAGGGCACCCCAGCCCCCCAAACCUCCAGCCUGCAGGGCCGCGGGAAAGACUCCAAAUCCCAGAAAUCUCCAGGAUCGACGAAAUCCAUUUGGCUUUGACAGCCGCCGCGGCCGAGUCCUUCCGCCUGCCCAGCCUGGACCUCGGAGGGAGCUGGAGAUCAUGGUGGACUGACCGACCGGCGCUGCCUGCCCCCGCCCGCCAGCCCAGAGCCUGCCCGCUCCCCAUGCCGAGGUCAGCCGAGAGGAGAAGGAACAGGCCGGGGCCCGGCCCAGCCAUGCCGGCCUCCUCCGGUUCCCCGGGGGCCCAGUGCCCCCGUGCCGGUCCCUGAUGGGCCCCACACCCGGGAACUAGCUGCCGAAGGUGGCCCGGGGCGCCCUUCUCGCUGGAAUCGACUCGGCCCGCCGCCGGGUUGGCAUCGCGGAUGAGCCCAGCCGAGCAAACUCCCUAGGCCCGUGGCCCUGAAGGCUGCUGCCCUCUCUGCCGCUUGAGGAGGAAAGGCAAAGGGUGGGGGCAGAGGGGCAGGAGGCGAGAGGGGCCGGGAGCCGAGGGGGUGCCAUGGCCCGGGCGCUGCCCUGGCUGCUGCUCUGGGCAGUGCUGCCCGCCCGGGGGGCCCAUCCGGGCAUCCAGGUGCCCCUGAAGACCAGGCAGGGGGGAUCGGCCCCCGGCCCCCGGCUGCCCCGGGCGGCCGGCGAGGGACCCGGAGACCCCGGGCCGGGGGGCAGCUUCGUGGAGAUGGUGGACAAUCUACGGGGCAAGUCCGGGCAGGGCUACUACGUGGAGAUGACCGUGGGGAGUCCCCCCCAGACGCUGAACAUCCUGGUGGACACGGGCAGCAGUAACUUCGCCGUGGGGGCCGCCCCCCACCCCUUCCUAAGGCGCUACUACCGGCGACAGCUGUCCAGUACCUACCGAGACCUGCGGAAGGGUGUGUACGUGCCCUACACCCAGGGCAAGUGGGAGGGGGAGCUGGGCAGCGACCUGGUGGCCGUCCCUCACGGCCCCAACGUCACCGUGCGGGCCAACAUCGCCGCCAUCACCGAGUCUGACAAGUUCUUCAUCAACGGCUCCAACUGGGAGGGCAUCCUGGGGCUGGCCUACGCCGAGAUCGCCAGGCCUGACGACAGCCUGGAGCCCUUCUUUGACUCCCUGGUGAAGCAGACGUCAGUCCCCAACCUCUUCUCCCUGCAACUGUGCGGCGCCGGCUUCUCCCUCAACGAGACCGAGGCCCCGGCUUCCGUCGGUGGGAGCAUGAUUAUCGGAGGCAUCGAUCCCUCCCUAUACGUGGGCGGCCUGUGGUACACGCCCAUCCGGAGGGAGUGGUACUACGAGGUCAUCAUCGUGCGCAUGGAGAUCAAUGGGCAGGACCUGAAGUUGGACUGCAAGGAGUACAACUACGACAAGAGCAUCGUGGACAGUGGCACGACCAACUUGCGUCUCCCCAAGAAGGUGUUCGCGGCUGCGGUCAAGUCCAUCAAGACGGCGUCCUCGACGGAGAAGUUCCCGGAUGGCUUCUGGCUCGGGGAGCAGCUGGUGUGCUGGCAGGCGGGCACAACGCCCUGGGACAUUUUCCCGGUCAUUUCCCUCUACCUGAUGGGGGAGGUCACCAACCAGUCCUUCCGCAUCACCAUCCUGCCACAGCAAUACCUGAGGCCGGUGGAAGACGUGGCCACAUCGCAGGAUGACUGCUACAAAUUUGCCAUCUCCCAGUCGUCCACGGGCACCGUGAUGGGCGCUGUCAUCAUGGAGGGCUUCUACGUCGUCUUCGACCGUGCCCGCAAGCGAAUCGGCUUUGCCGUCAGCACCUGCCACGUGCACGACGAGUUCCGAAUGGCGGCGGUGGAGGGUCCCUUCGUGACGCCGGACACGGAGGACUGCGGCUAUAACAUCCCGCAGACGGACGAGUCGACGCUGAUGACCAUCGCCUACGUCAUGGCUGCCAUCUGCGCCCUCUUCAUGCUGCCGCUCUGCCUCAUGGUUUGCCAGUGGCGCUGCCUCCGCUGCCUGCGCCGCCCGCGGGACGACUUCGCCGACGACAUCUCCCUGCUCAAGUGAGGGGCGGCGGGGGCAGAGUCCCCUCCCUCCGGGCUGCCCGCCGGCGGGCAGGGGGCCUCGCCCGGGGGAGGGUGGUGGAACCCCAGGACCCUCCGCCCGCCACCAGCCGCCUCCGCCUCGGCGGGGAGAGGAGCGGGAGGCUCCGGCGGGGUGGGCGCCGGGAGGGCACGGGGCCCCCGGGCGUGGGGAGAGGCAGAGCAGGGAGCUGCCGGACUGCAGGGAUCGCACACCUCCCAGCCGGAAUCCGCUGCCCGACGCUUGAAGCCGUACCCCCCUCCCCUCCGCCCCCCGCCUUUCCCUCUCGGUCCCUCUGCCCUGACCCAGGCCCCGGGGAGAUUCUGGGUGCCCCAGGACCAACGGGGGACCCAGAGGAGCCCUUUGGCUCCAACGACCCACUAUCGCAGAGGGCCUUCAUCGAACCCCCGCUGGAGGCCCUCUGUGAACAAGCUGACCUCCUUUUGGUGCAGGGUUCUACCUUGCCUUUUUAAUUUUGAAUUUGAAUAGGUUACCGGUGGGGUGGGGUGGGGUGGGGGGGAUCUUUUUGGAGGGUUGAGAGGGCGAAGGGGUCGAGGGUUUGGGGGGGAGACCGAAAACUCAGAGUCCGGCCCCUGGCUGGCUGGCUAAUCCCAGGCCUGGGCUCUGAGGAGCGUUGGGGAUCGCGGGAGGGCGGGGGGAGAUGGUCACGGGCCCCAAGGAGUCUCGAGAGGGGCAAUGGCGGGGCUGGGCUCUGCCCCUUUGCGAGGGGUCCCCCUGCAGCGAGCGAGGCAUGGGGACUCCGCUGUGACCACCUCGAUCCCUCCCCGUCUUCCUCUGGGCCGGGUGAGUAUUUCUCCCUUGAAACCCAUCUCUGCCGGGGUCCGGUCUGUUUCACCCGGCGCUCGGGACCCGCAGAGCAAGACCGGAGUCUGGCCUUUUGGGAACUGCUCCCCUUCCUCUGCCUCCCCUUCUGCCACACUCUUUCUGGGCCGGGCGUGGCCCGGCCUGGACUAGGGUUUCCGGGUCCGGGGUGGCCCCGUGACCGGCCACCUCCCGACUCCGAGGAUGCCCUCUCCCCUCCCCUUCCUGCUAGAGCUUAUGGGCAGGUUGGGUUUAGAGUGGACCCCCUCCUUACCUGGCUGGCUAUCUCCAUCCCUUGCAAUUCAGCCUCUCUUCCUGGGCCCAGGGAAAACUGGCUUUUCCCCAUUACCGUGGCACACAAAACUUCCCUGCUGCGUACACCCAUUAUCGUAGAGGAAAAGCAAAAACCUGGCGGUGCCCGAUUUUCUUUCCUCCUCCCCCCGGCCGGCUGACGGCCGCCCGGGCCUCAUAGCUUCAGAGAGCUCUAUUUAAUCUCCGGCCCCGCACCGCCUCCCCUCCCCACGGCCUUCAGGGCCUUCCCUCUCCACCCGGCGGGACUAGCCCGUUGUAGGGGGAAAGAGCAGCUUGGAGCCACUUCAGGUCAGGGUCCCGGGGUAUGAGCACCCUGCCCUUCCCCCUCUCUCCUCUCCCCGGCACCGACAGCCGGGUGGAGCCCGAAGCGGACAUAGGACACUGCAGCUGCGGCCCGGCUCGGCAGGGAGGUGACCGUCCAUCGCGCACCCUAGCCGUGGCUCCGAGAGAGCCACAUCUCCCGCCUCCCACCCUCCGCCCCAGCCGUCACCGCGCAGGCAGUCGAGGGAGAUGCGGCCCCCGGCCUCUCCCCCGACAUUUGGCUGGACGAGGCAGGACCAGGGGAGAGUGGGACUGUGGGGAAAGGGGGGAUGGACGGCAGGAAAAGGUAGGGGACUCACCGGAUCAGAAGGUCGCCACCCUCAACUCGUGGGCCAGUUGGAGUUUGCACCUCGAGCCCUGUUCCAGGCUCCGGUGGGGAAGAAUUCCACCGGGGUCGGGGGAAGGGGCUCCCGGUGAAGGGGGCUUCCAGGGGCCCCGAGAGGUCCGGCCGUACUGCUGUUGGCGAACCGACAUUCAGCUGGUGGUUCCUCCUGGGGCAAGGUGAGGUUAAGGGGGGGCGGGGCGUGCGGUUUGGUCGUCCCCUCUGGGUAGAGAAGCUCGCAAGAGAGCCGACUGCAGGCUGCCACAUCCAAGAUGCGGGCAGGACCCCGGGCUCUGAAGAUCCACCCAUUUGGAAUGGGUGGAGGGUUUGGUUUGCAGCAGCCUUGGACCCCCCCGCCCCGCCCCCCAUUCACCUCUCCAUUUCCCGGAUCUCCCUCAGUGUCGAGUGAAGAUCGUGCCCCACGGGUGGAAUUCGCACAGAGAUCUCCUCACCCCAGUGCCUGCCCGGGGCUCGUCCAAGGACACCCACCCACUUGACGGAGAACCAGCUGCCUUAACCUUCUGGGGGGGGAGGGGUGCAAGGGGAGGGCGAGGACCCAACAGACCGGGCGGGAGGGGGAUGGGACCGUACCAGGCCGGGGUGCCCGUGGGGGGGGACCUGGAGGUGGUCUGGGGCUCAGGAGGGGGCCCGCCGGCAGGGACUGG